AUGGAAAAAAGCAAAGUGUUGAUUGUAGGAGGAACAGGGUACCUAGGGAAGAGAUUAGUGAAAGCUAGUUUAGCAAAUGGUAAUAAAACCUACAUUUUGCGUCGUCCAGAAAUAGGAGUUGAUAUUGAGAAAGUUGAAAUGCUUAUUUCUUUUAAGAUGCAAGGAGCUCAUCUUGUAACUGCUUCUUUUAACGAUCAUCGGAGCCUCGUCGAUGCCGUUAAACUCGUCGAUGUUGUCAUCUGUGCCAUCUCCGGCGUCCAUAUUCGUAGCCAUCAUAUCUUACUUCAGCUCAAGCUUGUGGAUGCCAUUAAAGAAGCUGGAAAUAUCAAG